AUAGCAGAGAACGGCUAGGGAGCGGUUGCCGAGCAGGGGCUCUACCGCGGGCGGGCAGCUGUGCCAGCUAACCGUCUGGGAUCUCGAACUGGGGGCUGCAGUUUUUCCCCGCCUCGAGCCAGUGUGCGGGGGCGGGAGAAGAGCCAGGGGGAGCGGGCUGGGCCCGGGGCUGCGGCUUCGGCCGCGGGGCUGCGGCUCCCCAGCCCCGCCAGCUGGAGCUCUCGGAGGUAGAGGAAAGGUCUUGACUCGGUGGCUGGAUCCGUGGCAGAAUCCCGUUCCAGAUUCUAGACUUGAGGGUUCUGGGCCGUCGGUCUGUAGAAGCGAAGGAGAGAAGGACUCAAAUCCAGGCCAAGUGUAUGGCUGUCUGAGGUAUUGGAACAGAAGGAGGUCCAUUCCUGUUGGUGACAACACCGUGGCCCUGUUCUGGGAUGAGCGAGGUGUAAAGGUUUCCCCCAAGAAAGAGCAGCUGAGUCCUUGCAUCUUGUGGCAGCUGGUGUGCCCAGCACUGAGUCUGUAGGAGCUGAAGCCAGCCCGGACCCUUCUCAUGGGCAGUGCCCACCUGUGCUGAAGUCCUGCAGCCGUGGCGGUGUGAGGAGCUGUGAAAUUGGUUGUAACUGAAAAUGUCUGACGGUCUGGAUAAUGAAGAGAAACCCCCAGCUCCCCCACUGAGGAUGAAUAGUAACAACCGGGAUUCUUCAGCACUCAACCACAGCUCCAAACCACUUCCCAUGGCCCCUGAAGAGAAGAAUAAGAAAGCCAGGCUUCGCUCUAUCUUCCCAGGAGGAGGGGAUAAAACCAAUAAGAAGAAGGAGAAAGAGCGCCCAGAGAUCUCUCUUCCUUCAGACUUUGAGCAUACGAUUCAUGUGGGGUUUGAUGCAGUCACCGGGGAAUUCACUGGAAUUCCCGAGCAAUGGGCACGAUUACUCCAAACCUCCAACAUAACAAAAUUGGAACAGAAGAAGAACCCCCAAGCUGUUCUAGAUGUUCUCAAAUUCUAUGAUUCCAAAGAAACAGUCAACAACCAGAAAUACAUGAGCUUUACAUCAGGAGAUAAAAGUGCACAUGGAUACAUAGCAGCCCAUCCUUCGAGUACAAAAACAGCAUCUGAGCCUCCAUUGGCCCCUCCUGUGUCUGAAGAAGAAGAUGAAGAGGAGGAAGAAGAAGAAGAUGACAAUGAGCCACCACCAGUUAUCGCACCAAGACCAGAGCAUACAAAAUCAAUCUACACUCGUUCUGUGGUUGAAUCCAUUGCUUCACCUGCAGCACCAAAUAAAGAAGUCACACCACCCUCUGCUGAAAAUGCCAAUUCCAGUACUUUGUACAGGAACACAGAUCGGCAAAGAAAAAAAUCCAAGAUGACAGAUGAGGAGAUCUUAGAGAAGCUAAGAAGCAUUGUGAGUGUUGGGGACCCAAAGAAAAAAUACACAAGAUUUGAAAAAAUUGGUCAAGGGGCAUCAGGUACUGUUUAUACAGCACUAGACAUUGCAACAGGACAAGAGGUGGCCAUAAAGCAGAUGAACCUACAACAGCAACCCAAGAAGGAAUUAAUUAUUAAUGAAAUUCUGGUCAUGAGGGAAAAUAAGAACCCUAAUAUUGUUAAUUAUUUAGAUAGCUACUUGGUGGGUGAUGAACUAUGGGUAGUCAUGGAAUACUUGGCUGGUGGCUCUCUGACUGAUGUGGUCACAGAGACCUGCAUGGAUGAAGGACAGAUAGCAGCUGUCUGCAGAGAGUGCCUGCAAGCUUUGGAUUUCUUGCACUCAAACCAGGUGAUCCAUAGAGAUAUAAAGAGUGACAAUAUUCUUCUCGGGAUGGAUGGCUCUGUUAAAUUGACUGACUUUGGGUUCUGUGCCCAGAUCACUCCUGAGCAAAGUAAACGAAGCACUAUGGUGGGAACCCCAUAUUGGAUGGCACCUGAGGUGGUGACUCGAAAAGCUUAUGGUCCGAAAGUUGAUAUCUGGUCUCUGGGAAUUAUGGCAAUUGAAAUGGUGGAAGGUGAACCCCCUUACCUUAAUGAAAAUCCACUCAGGGCAUUGUAUCUGAUAGCCACUAAUGGAACCCCAGAGCUCCAGAAUCCUGAGAGACUGUCGGCUGUAUUCCGUGACUUUUUAAAUCGCUGUCUUGAGAUGGAUGUCGAUAGGCGAGGAUCUGCCAAGGAGCUUUUGCAGCAUCCAUUUUUAAAAUUAGCCAAGCCUCUCUCCAGCCUGACUCCUCUGAUUAUCGCUGCAAAGGAAGCGAUUAAAAACAGCAGCCGCUAAGACUGCAAGCCUUACACCUCACCAUCUCCCUCAUGAGUAAGACUGAAAUAAAACUCUGCUGCAGGAAAGAUGGAAGAAAAGACAGUCAAAUGGGGUGGGGGUUCUUUACCUUUCAAAUGAAUAGAAACUUCUUAUAAGCCUUUUUCCUACUCCCUCAGAUUAUGUAAUUUAUUUGUAAGCCUGAAUCGCAGCCCAAACAGGGCAGCAAUGUUGAAGUGACCAUAAAGUGGUCACUUCCACCGUGAAGCGAAAGAGCCAGUAGUGAAUCCCCUCAUUUUGUGCACUCACUUUGAAGAAAAAGGUUUCUCAAAGAUGCACACUCCCUCUUCAUAGUGUUGUGUUUGUUUUUAAGUUAGAGAGUAGUCCCUCUUGCAUUCAAACCUCCUUCAAAACUCCUUACCCAAUGUGAUGUUUUUCACUUGCAUUGUCAUUAGAUGUCCAGAAAAAAAAAAAAAGAUGUCAAAAUGUUUUUCUAAAAAAAAGAAAGCAAAAAAAGCAAGGCAAAAAAACAAAAACAAAAACAAAACAAAAAUAAACAAACAAAAAAAAAAUACCAGAGCAAGUACUGUGUGAACAUGUGGAAGUCCAUGCCCUAAUAGAGUUGCAAUUUUUUAUUCUUCUUCUAUAGUGGUGGCUUGGUUUGUGUACCUAUUUUUCUGCAUUUGUAUUGGAAAAGGUUUCUUUUAAAACAUUUUCCAAAAGUGGAGAGGAAUAUGUGUGUUCAGGAAGGGCUUUUUAAAAAGUGUAUAUCUAAAUAAAGCUCAAAUGGUGAAAUCCUGUCACAUUUUCACAAUGAUGCUUAAAAGAUAGUUGAGUAAACCAGGUUGUUAAUCUCCUUAAUACCUGAAAGAGGACACACUGAAACUGUGACACCCUGCUAGGUGAGUUCUGGUUCUGAACCUAAGAAAUCCUCAUAGGAGAAACCACAUUUAAACAAAGAUGGGACUUUCUCUGAGAGCCAAAACCAGAUAAAUGUAGAAUACUGACAUCCUUGUCUGAUAUUAAGUAAACAAAGAUAAUGAUACCUAAAUUAAUCCUCUCUUGUGCUUAUGAAACAUAUGCACUGUAAAAUAGGCAUACCAGGAGGAAAUAGAUUCAUUAACCAUCAUUUACUUAUGAUACAAAUUAUUUAUUUUGACAAUUUAUAAUGUUUAAAAAAGUUUUUUAAAGAUCUGGAGAAAGGUGAUAUAAUAAACAGUCAACUCUGCAGGAAGUGGGAGGUCAGUGAAGGCUACAUCCCAAUCAAUAUUUGGCUCUAAGUACUUGUUCCCAUUUUCCCUAUGUAUCACCUAUUUCUGUUUCGGAAUAUGGUGUGUUCAUACUUAGUCCUUUGGGCUUUUGAAUAUCAAAAGCAUAUUCAUAAAAGUCUUGGAAUUCUCUCCAGUAGAAAAUAAUUUUAACUUACAAUAAUAUCCCAAGAAAUGUUAGUCCAACAGAAUUCCUUAUAUGGCUUGGGGAAAAUAACAAAAUUUGACUAUUAUUUCACCAUAUAUCUAUUUAUUAAAAAUUCAACAGUUGGCACUUUCUGAAUCUUCUGAGAGUAGAAAAGUAUCUGGAGGGUGUCUGUAUAGAAAAGGAUAUGCCUCUCUUUUGAGCGUACUGACAAUUUUGUAAAUUGUUUCUCUAAGCCUUUGAAAAACUAACAAUUUGUGUUAUAGAAGGCUUCUUAAUUUGUAGUAUACAAAGAAUCUAAACAGAACCUAUGUACAUUCAGCAAGAAGGGGAAAGAGAUCAGUUACAUAGACCUCUCUCCUUCUUUGCCAAGGUACAUCCAUCCAUCUAACCAUCCAUGUAUCCACAUCUUAAAAUGAAAGCACUUUCUUUCGAGUUUCAGCAAACUAUAUAGUGUACGUGUUUAUGUUUAGGAGAUGACCCCACUGGUGUAUUUCCUGUUUUCCCUAUUGUUUUCUUUGACUGUAAAAUUUGGGAGAGACUUGACCUCCUCCCCUUGAAAAAGACCACAGUGGGAUAAAACAAUAAUUGUGAAAAGAAAAUGAAGUGGUAAUAUUAAUUUGAAGCAUACUAUGUUAUACUUUGCAAAAAGGAAUCUGGGCUUGUAAUUUUAAUGCCACACUGCUCUAAUGAGAGAGAGAGGCCUUAAUUUUGAUUUCAUUUAAAAAUAAGGACUUAAAAAAAUUUUCACUCAUAGUGCUGGGAAAUUCAAUGAAAUCCUGGGAUGCAAAUAAAAAUCAGUACAUUGGUACAUUGGUGACUGUGUCCUGCCAGUGGAGAGAGCCCAAAACCUGGUUAGGAAGCCCUAUUCAUCAGUUAGCAUCCCUUACAUGUUGAGAAGGCCUUUUUUGUUGUUAUUUUGGAGACCUUGGAGCAGUGACCCUUCAGAUCACUGUAGGCAGAGAAAUGGCUUCUCUCUUACGCUUUCAGUUCAGCAUAUUAACAACGAGGAGCCAGGUACUUCUUUCCUACCACUUUGUACCAAGAUUUGAUAAUAAUAUAUCCCAGGAGGGAUUACUUUUAUAAAUGUGUAUUUAUGUAAAUUUUCAAAUGAGAACAGCUUCUAAAGCCCCUUCCCUGUAUUGUAGAGUUAUGUAUAUUUCUAAUAAGUAUUAGAAAGAAGCUGUUUCUCGUGCCACAAUGAUGCUGAAGGAUUCACAUUUGGUACAAUUGAGCAACUUGAACUCCAGAUUGUUAACAGUUUAUUCUCUUUCCCUGGAUUGUUUUUAGCUCAUCUUGACACAGGUGAGUCUAUCCAAAUCUUUAAUGUUGGUAGUGUGCCCUGAGAUAACGAGGGCACAUCCUUCAAUGUUGAUUCCAAAAUAUCCUGAGAUAGGAAUAGGGCAGUGGGAAAGUCAGGGAAGGGUGAGAAGCACAGUAGAGAUUAUUUAUUUAAAAAAGAAAAGAACGUUAAUGUUGUUAGCAAGGAUCCAGUGCGUUGUCAUAAUCCCAUGAGGAUUUUCAGAUGACACAAUCCCUCAGAUCAGUCACCAUGUUGGGUAAUGACUUCGUUCUUGCUGAUCUCGUGUGUGUGUCAUUGUAAAUAUUUGUGCGUCCAUGUUCCAUUUUGGCUACUGGAUGGCCAACCCAUGUAAGAAGAUUUAACUCAAGUAUUUAUUCUUUAUGUUACUCAGAUUUCUUUCAGGCUUGUGAAGUGCACCCCAAUGUUUGAGUUUAACCACCUGAUCCUUACAUCUAUCCCUCCCCGGUGAAGCACAUUCCAUUGCUAAAAGAAAAAGAAAUAUGAAAUUGCUUCCUGUUGUCUGUGUAACUGUUUUGAUAGUUUGAGAUGUUUGUCUAUAAAUGAUAUUUCUCAGCUCAAAGAUCGUGUAAAUAAUUAUAUUCCUUUGCUCAAUGGGUUGUUUAUUUCUAAUGAGGCUGCCAGUUAUGAGAGAUUCUAUAAUAUCACUUUUAAAUAACAUAAACAGGGAUUACAACUACAUAAAAAGAAAUGCAUAUGGGCAAAGACUGGAAACACAGAUAAUUGAAAUCAGUUAUAUUAGGGUGGUGGAAUUAUGUGAAUUUUUUUCUUUCUAAAAUUUUAUUUGAUAUUGUUAUAAUAUUGCUUUAUAAUAAAUAAACAGCAGAAGGGAAACUAUAGACACAUAGAAAAGAUGCCAGAAGCAGAUGCCUUCUGGCCAGAGCCCAGAGCAUGCAGGGCACAGAUAUUUGCUAGUUACAAUUAUUCCAUAGGCUUUAUACUUGCCUGGGUGCUGAGGUUGGCACACGCUUGGGUAUGGCACGUGCUUUCUUAGGAGACUAUUAUCUAUAAGUUAAAGCUAGGGAGAUGUCACUAUUAGAACUCCAAACACACUCUUCUGCUUUAAAACAGGCUGUCUGCCCUGUGCUUUGGUAUGGCAUUCGGGUGUCUGUUUUGUGGUUGUUUUAGAUUGGAGGGGUGACCAUUAUAUUAGCCCCCUUGAUAACAUCUGUUGCAGAUAUUACCUUUCUGGAACAUUUUGACAGACUCUCAGGUUGAAUUUUGGAGGAAUAGAAGGAUAAAAUCCCCAGCUCCCACCAUGUUCUUGUCCAACAGGAUUUUACUGUAUAUCACUCAGGUAGGGUUCUUCUUUUAAUAACCAAUAGGGCAAGUCCCACUAAUUUCAUUAGAAGUUAUGACUUGUAAUUAAAAACUGACUUUGAAAUCAUUAAACAAAUAUUUAGGACUGUCUGCCUCUUGGCGUUCAGUUACAGUUCUAUUAAUUUUGACUUGGGAUGGUCUCCAUGUGCUUUUUUUUUUUUUUGCCUAUUUAUAGGUUGUAUACAGUAGUUGUGAUUUUUAAAGAGUAAGGGAGACCAUCUAACCAAAGGAGAAGAAUUUCCUUCUAACUCAUCAAAGAAAUUUUAGGUGAGAACUUUGAUAAUGAGGUAGUCACCUCAGAUAUGUUGCUUAGUUUCACUGAAAGCAGACCCUAUACCUAGAGAACUCACUGGCUUUUUACUGGUUGUUCUCAAUACAAAAAUACUUAGGGGAGUCUUAACCCUGCCAUCCCCAGUUGAAUCUCUUGGUCUUUAUCUAAGCUACUUGCAGUUAAUAUUCAGUUAAACGAAGGUAUGACCAGUAGUGCAAGUAUCUCCCAGUCUCUGAGCUCUGAACAAGAGGACUGAAAUUCAGCAUUUGUAAACUGACAGUUUGAUGGGCCUGGGAUUUGAAGUGAACUCAGCAUACAAUUCUGAACAUAUAUUUGCAUGUGGACUGGGAAGGAAAUAAAUGGGAACUUGGAAAUAAUGGAAAUAUUUCUCCUAUGAAAGAAUUUUUCAUAAAAGAUUUGUUUUUGAUAUAGUCUUUCUGUUGGUUAGCUUUUAGUUUUUUCAUUCCUUUUCUGAUCCACACUCCUUUAAGUGACCAAAUGAAUAUAACCCAACAUGCAUUGGGAAUGUGUUUAAUAUUAAACACUGUCUAACUGAAUCUGCAAAUGCAGGAACUGAGAUAUCACCUCCAUGUGUACACCUGUGUGUACAAGUAUUCUUUUUUUUUUUUUUUUUUUUUUUGAGACUUGUAGCAUUUACUGCCACUUAAUUGGGUUGAACUUGCAAGAUAAACUUUUAGAAACUGCUUAGUGCCAUCGGAGUCUCCUUUAGAAGCUGCCAUCAGGCAAAUGCUAUCCCAUAAUACCAGCAGUAAGGCAGGCACAAUGUUCAACAGAUUUAGUACCCAAGAGUCAUAUGUAGUGGAAUAAAUACUAGCCUAGGAAGAAGGAGCCCUGGAGUCUAAUAUGAGCUUUAUUACUAAAUUGCCAUGUGACCUUCGACAAGUCACUUAACCUCUCCAUGGCUGUUUCCUUAUCUGUAAAAUAAGUGUAUUGGACUAGAUAAUCCUUAGGGUCUUUCCAAAAGUCUAACAUUCUAUGGCAUUGUAGGUUGCCUUGAAAAUUCAGCCUGCUAUAGUGAUGGCAAAUAUCACAUGUUUAAGCCUGAGUCUCUUAUGUUGCAGUUAGAUAAAAAAAGUAUGUAAAAUGAUUUUUAAAAUUCAAGCAAAUGGGCUGGGUGCGAUGGCUCACACCUGUAAUCCCAGCACUUUGGGAGGCCAAGGCAGGUGGAUAACCUGAGGCCAGGAGUUUGAGACCAGCCUGACCAACAUAGAGACACCCCAUCUCUACUAAAAAUACAAAAUUAGCUGGGUGUGGUGGCGGGCGCCUGUUAUCCCAGCUACUCGGGAGGCUGAGGUGGGAGAAUCGCUUGAACCUGGGAGGUGGAGGUUGCAGUGAGCUGAGAUCAUGCCAUUGCACUCCAGCCUGGGCAACAAGAGUGAAACUCCGUCUCAACAACAACAACAAAAUAAAUCAAGCAAAUGAAGUUCAUAAUAAUAGGGGAUGUUGAUAAAAUUUGUGGCAGUCUUCCAAUUCGUUUACAGUUGUUUCAUUUUGUUUUUGUUCUAAUGUCCAUUUUCUGUUGACUGUUCCCAGUUUUCAUUUUCCAUACAGUCUGUAUGUAAAGUCUGGUUUUCCUUAAGCUGUGACCAGUAUUUGCUGCUAAAACAGAAACACACUGUCACACUUGCUAGAAUAUAACUGUGCUUGGGCUUCUCCUUUCCUGUGAAGUAGUGCUGGGCUUUCUAGAGUUCAAUUCUCAAGUGGCACAAGAUAGCAGAGCCCAUGCAUUUUAAUGGCUGAGACUAUUAAGAGUGAACCUCAACACUUACAAGUUGCAGAGAGAAAUGAAAAAGUAAUUACAUGCUAUUAGCAUUCAGAAGUGUUGACAAAUUCAUUUGUUGGGAACCAAAGAUAGCAUUUCUGAUGACAACUCCCACAGUGAUUGGCCAGUUGUAUGAUGAGUACACUGCUGGAAAGAGGGUAAACUGGGAGUUAGUUAGUGGAUGGUCCCAAUUCCCUGCCUACAGCAGAGUGCCAACCAGCCCUGAGUGCAAAAUUCGAGUUCAAUGUGUGUUCUUGUGUGUGGUGUGCUUUAUGGACCCGCAAAUACUAUAUUCAUUAUUGAUGAUAAGAUCUUCACAGAAUCCUGUAACUACUAAUGCAUUGAGUUUUUAAUCUCAGUACAUCAGCCAAGAGGAACCAGAUCACAGGGUAGUGAUGUCUACUGGGAUGAUACUCAUAACAUCUACACAAAACAAGUUGAGAAGGAUCCACAUUUUCAUUGUUUAUCAGAAUUGUAUCUCAAUUGGCUGAGCAUUACUUUUGUCAAAAUGUGUUAUCUGUAAACCAUGUGUAGUGAAAUUCUUCUGUAACUUUGGAUUAAAGGUAUUUAUGGUCUUUUUGUUUGUUUGAUUUUUAAGUAAGUUAUUUCUUUUGUCGACCUGCUGAUGGUAUGGUUCCAUCCUUCUGACCUCAGCAUCCAAUCUUUUUAAGGAUUUUUGUUUUCAAUAUUGUUAUUUUAAAUUGUGGUUGAAGCAAUAGAAAAUUGAAAUAUGGAUUGUGCAUGACUGUGUCUUGAGUGUAAAAAUAUUGCAGUUUGAAACUUGGACCUAAAGUAUUGCAAAUAAAAAUGACAAACAUCAAUGA